GUAAUUUUUGCUGUCAUCAUUGCUUCCGGGUGUUUUCUUGGAAGAAGAGCCCUUUAGAUCUGAUGAUCUUUUAUUUUCAAAGAAAAAUCUAAAAGGUUUCGGUCAUUUUCACGUUUUCAAAAUGAACAGGAUAUUUGGACGGAGUAAGGGAAAAGAUGCUCCUCCAAAUCUGUCGGACUGCAUUGGGAAUGUGGACGCCAGGGCAGAGUCCAUCGAUAAAAAAACUGCCAGACUGGAUGCAGAACUACUGAAGUACAAAGAUCAAAUGAAAAAGAUGAGAGAUGGACCCUCAAAGAAUAUGGUGAAACAGAAGGCAUUGAGAGUACUAAAACAGAAGAGGAUGUAUGAAGGCCAGCGGGAUCAGCUAGCUCAGCAGUCGUUCAACAUGGAGCAGGCAAACUACACCAUCCAGUCGCUGAAAGACACCAAAACCACGGUGGAAGCCAUGAAGAUCGGUGCUAAGGAGAUGAAAAGGGCUUACAAGGACGUCAAACUGGAUCAGAUUGAAGACCUCCAGGACCAGCUGGAGGACAUGAUGGAGGAUGCCGGUGAGGUGCAGGAGUCGCUGAGCCGCAGCUACGGCACGCCGGAGAUAGACGAGGACGACCUGGAAGCAGAGCUGGACGCCCUGGGAGACGAGCUCCUGCUGGACGAUGACAACACGUACCUGGACGAGGCCUCCGCCUCCCCGGCCAUCCCUGAGGGAAUGCCCAGCGACAGCAAGACCAACAAGGAUGGUGUUUUGGUGGAUGAAUUCGGACUUCCACAGAUUCCGGCCACAUAAAAAGAAUACUGAUGAAAGAAGCUGUGCGCCAUUCGACUGAAAACACUUUUUUUAUAUGUAGAGUAACAUUUAUACAGGCAGAUCAGGUUGAGUUCAGAACACUAAAGUAUUGAACACUAAAGUUGUCUUGUACGGUCAUUACUAAUAACAUGUUAGCAUGUGGCCUUGUAAUAUAUAGUUCUGCUUGUUUUUUUCCAUAUCCUAAUACCUAUUUUCCUUGUCAUUUAGUUGUCUUAUUUGCAGUAUUAUUCCAUUUUAAGUUAUCAUGUGUUGACUAAUUUUUAGUAGUGAAGAAACUCAUGAGGGCCAGUCAAAACAUUUAUUUACUUUUGUGGAAAUUAUGGAAUUGGUUUCCAUUUUGUAUGUGUGUGUGGAUUGACACCACUAAAAUAAAAUAUGCAUUUUAAUU